ACCAGACAAGGAGCCGCGGGCCCGGGGCUCGGUGCAGACGCUGGGAGCCGCGGGAGAAAGAGGUUGGAGCGGAGGAUCGGACAUGUCUACCCUUGGCUGCUGGCGCCACUGAGCGCCUGGAGCCUUGUGGGGGCACUAGACCUUGCACAGGCUGCGCUGUGGUCGAGCUGUCAGCCCGGGGCAGGGUGGUGCCUUGAGGUCCGGUGAGCUCUGCUCUCUUCUUCUCCGAGGUGAUCGGCGGGAGGAAGAGGGACUUGGUCCAAACGCCAGGUGUCUGGGUCCAGGUGCCUGGCAUUUUGACUCUGUUCCUGUGGAUAGCUACUUGUUCAGAAGUUCCGGAAGGGACCCUAUUCCCACCAGACAUUAAAAACAAUUUUUUUUAAACUUACUGGUUUUCCUUUUAAAACAAAAAAGAAUUUUUGCUGCAUGUGGUUUUGUCCUUCUCUGGAAGUAAAGUCAGAAGUACAAAACUGUCAGGUCCCUGAGCAGUGACUGCCCCUGCUGCUGCGUCUGCCCUGUUGGCGCAUGUUGGGUUCCUCCAGUGAAACUUUUCCUUAGAGACAUGCUGCCUCCCAAGUCCUUGUCCGCCACCAAACCCAAGAAGUCUUGGGCCCCAAACCAGUAUGAGCUAGACAGUGACUUGUCUGAGCCGGACGCCGUCCCAGGAGAAGGCGCCACUGACUCUGAGUUCUUUCAUCAGAGGUUUCGGAACUUCCUCUACGUGGAAUUCCUUGGGCCUCGGAAGACCCUUCUCAAACUCCGAAACCUCUGCCUCGAUUGGUUGCAGCCGGAGAUUCGCACCAAGGAGGAGAUUAUCGAGGUCUUGGUCCUGGAGCAGUACCUGACCAUCCUUCCGGAAAAGAUCAAGCCUUGGGUGCAGGCAAGAAAGCCGGAUAACUGCGAAGAGCUCGUUGCUCUGCUGGAAGAUUACGAGGAGAUGUACGAGCCGGAAGACGACAACAGCAGCGACACCCACAGCGAAGGUGGAGUGAGCCGGAGGGCCGCGGAGUCCCCGCCGCCGCGCCCCGCCCUCCCCUGCAGCGGUGACCGGGACCGGGACCAGGACUGGGACCAGGACUGGGAGCGAGACCGGGAGCGAGGCCGGGCGCGGGAGCGGGAGCGCCGCCGCGGCCGGAACCGGGACAUGGAGUCACGGGACCGCUGGCCGUCCGUCCGGAGCCCCAGGAGCAGGUUUCACCAGCGGGACCUCACCCUUCCUCUGGCGGAGAGAGCCAAGGAGAGAGAGCACAGACGCAGGGACUCCCUGCUGGAUUUGGACGCCAGAUCCGAGGAGGCGGUGUUGUACCAGGACAUGGUGGCCCUCACUGAGGAUCACAAGCCCCAGAACCCGAUUCAGGACAACAUGGAGAACUACCGGAAGCUGCUCUCACUGGGGGUUCAGCUUGCCGAGGACGACGGCCACUCACACAUGACCCAAGGCCACUCGUCGAGGUCAAAGAGAAGUGCCUACCCGAGCACCAGUAGAGGUCUGAAGACAGCGCCCGAGACCAGGAAGUCAUCCCACCGGCGGGGCAUCUGUGAGGCCGAGUCCUCCCACGGGGUGAUCAUGGAGAAGUUCAUCAAGGACGUGGCGCGCAGCUCCAGGUCCGGGCGGGCACGGGAGCCGAAUGAGCGGCCGCACCGGCUCUCCCGGAGGCCGGGCGGCGACUGGAAGGAAGCGUCCUUCAGCAGGAGGGAGGCGGGAGCCUCAGAGGGGGGCGCCUUUGGGGGAGGAGGCUUCAGCUGUAGCUCAGACCUGGUUUCCAAAAGGCGCGCUCUGGAGAGAAAAAGGCGCUACCACUUCGACGCGGAGGGGCAGGGCCCAGUGCACGAUCCCAGGGGCGGGGCGAGGAAGCGGCCCUUCGAAAGCGGCGGUGAGGCCCGCAAGGCUGCCAGGGCAGUGGGCGGCAGCAACCUGGGCGCGCCGCCCGUGGCCCUGUCGCAGCCACCGGACUUGGGGGCCAUGCCCUACGUGUGCGAUGAGUGCGGGAGGUCCUUCGCGGUCAUCUCUGAGUUUGUGGAUCACCAGAUCGUGCACACCCGAGAGAGCCUGUACGAGUACGGGGAGUCCUUCGUCCACAGCGCAGCCGUCAGCGAGGCCCAGAGCCGGCCCGCGGGCGCCCGGCGCCCCGAGGGCGCGCAGGCCGCAGGCGCCACCGGCCCGGCCGAGCGUCGGCGGGGCCCCGCCCGAGAGCACCUGGGGGGCAGCGGGGGCGAGGAGCAGCACGAGCCCCACCUGCCCAGCCCCACCGUCAGUCAGCUUCAGAAGAUGUACGGCAAAGACAAGUUCUACGAGUGCAAGGUGUGCAAGGAGACCUUCCUGCACAGCUCGGCCCUGAUCGAGCACCAGAAGAUCCACAGCCGUGAGGAGAGGGAGAGGGAGCGGGAGCGGGAGCGCAGUACGGGCGCGGUGAGGCGCACCCCCAUGCUCGGCGAGCUGCAGAGGGCCUGCGGGAAGGAGAAGCGCUAUGAGUGCAAGGUCUGCGGGGAGACCUUCCACCACAGCGCGGCCCUGCGGGAGCACCAGAAGAUCCACAGCCGCGGGAGCCCGUCCGACGGCAGGGCCAGAGCCUUCGAGGAGACCUUCAUUCCUGGCCAGUCCCUGAAGAGGCGCCAGAAAACCUAUUCCAAGGAGAAGCUCUACGACUUCAGAGAGGGCGGGGAUGCCUUUGGGCGGAGCUCAGACUUCAUGGAGCACCAGAAAAUUCAUUCUCGGAAGAGCUGCUUCGACAGCCGAGGGUACGAGAAGCCGCUGCUCCACAGCAUGUCCAUGCCUGGGUCUCAGAAGAGUCACACGAUCACCAGGCCACCUGAGGACGAGGACGACGACGACGAGAAGGCAUUCACCAUCAGCAGCAACCCCGAAGACAGCCAGGAGGCCCGGGCCUAUGAGAGGAGUGCCUACGAGAGGGCCAUCUUCCACAGCCUGGCCGCCUUCCGGCCUCCCCGUGGCCUCAGGGAGGACGGGGAGCCCUCCACAUACCUCUCAGGCCUUCGUGACCCGCCUCAGAAGACCCCGGCCUGGGAGAGCCCUUACGCCGGAGGCAGACACAGCUUCUUCAGGAGCUCGGUCUUCUACCGUGCGUCGCGCCCCGCCCCUCUGGACCACCUUGCUGGGGAAGGCCCCAGCGGGUGGAAGAGAGACGGUGAAGCCUCCGGCUCCAGCUCAGACGGCCGCCAGCACCAGAAGGCACGCUCCAAGAAGAAGAACAUCGAGCGCAAGAAUUAUGACACCUCCAUGAUGCACACGCUGCGUUUUGGUGAGCCUCAAACGUUUCGCCCGAGAGAGAGAUUUUACGAAUGUCAAGAGUGUGGAGAGUUCUUUGUCCGUAGCUCUGAGCUGGCUGAACACCAGAAGAUCCACAGCAGAAAGAAGCUCCCCGGAAAUAAAAACUACCUACGGUCUGUCCUUCGCAGCCUGACCUCCACUGACCCUCAGACCAGCUACCAAGGCCAGUCACUGCAGAUGAGUUAUGUCCAGGAAGCAGCUCAGACCAGUUAUGCUGGACUAGGAGCUCAGACCAGUUACACCGAAGAACCAGCUCAGACCAGUUACACCGAAGAACCAGCUCAGACCAGUUACACCGAAGAACCAGCUCAGACCAGUUACACUGAGGCACCAGCUGAGGCCAGUUAUACUGAGGAACCAGCUCAGACCAGUUGUAUUGAGGAACCAGCUCAGACCAGUUACACUGACCCAGCAGCUCAGACCAGUUACACCGAAGAACCAGCUCAGACCAGUUACACCAAAGAACCAGCUCAGACCAGUUACACUGAGGCACCAGCUGAGGCCAGUUAUACUGAGGAACCAGCUCAGACCAGUUGUAUUGAGGAACCAGCUCAGGCCAGUUACACUGACCCAGCAGCUGAGACCAGUUACACUGAAGAACCAGCUGAGGCCAGUUAUACUAAGGAACCAGCUCAAACCAGUUGUAUUGAGGAACCAGCUCAGACCAGUUACACUGACCCAGCAGCUGAGACCAGUUAUACCGAGGAACCAGCUGAGGCCAGUUGCACUGAGGAACCAGCUCAGACCAGUUGCACUGCGGAACCAGCUCAGACCAGUUGCACUGAGGAACCAGCUCAGACCAGUUACACUGACCCAGCAGCUGAGACCAGCUACACCGAAGAACCAGCUCAGACCAAUGACGCCGAGGAACCAGCUCAGACCAGUUGUACUGAGGAACCAGCUCAGACUAGUUAUGCUGACCCAGCAGCUGAGACCAGCUAUACCGAAGAACCAGCUCAGACCAAUGACGCCGAGGAACCAGCUCAGACCAGUUGUACUGAGGAACCAGCUCAGACCAGUUGCACUGCGGAACCAGCUCAGACCAGUUGCACUGAGGAACCAGCUCAGACCAGUUACACUGACCCAGCAGCUGAGACCAGCUACACCGAAGAACCAGCUCAGACCAAUGACGCCGAGGAACCAGCUCAGACCAGUUGUACUGAGGAACCAGCUCAGACUAGUUAUGCUGACCCAGCAGCUGAGACCAGCUAUACCGAAGAACCAGCUCAGACCAGUUAUAUUGAGGAACUAGCUCAGACCAGUUACACUGAGGAACCAGCCCAGACCAGUUACACUGAGGAACCAGCUGAGGCCAGUUAUACCGAGAAACCAGCUCAGACCAGUUACGCCGAGGAACCAGCUCAGACCAGUUACGCCGAGGAACCGGCUCAGACCAGUUACGCCGAGGAACCGGCUCAGACCAGUUACGCCGAGGAACCGGCUCAGACCAGUUACGCCGAGGAACCGGCUCAGACCAGUUACAUUGAGGAACUGGCUCAGACCAGUUAUACCGAGGAACCGGCUCAGGCCAGUUAUAUUGAGGAACCAGCUCAGGCCAGUUAUACUGAGGAACCAGCUGAGGCCAGUUAUACUGAGAAACCAGCUCAGGCCAGUUAUGCCGAGGAACCAGCUCAGGCCAGUUAUGCCGAGGAACCAGCUCAGGCCAGUUAUAUUGAGGAACCAGCUCAGGCCAGUUACGCCGAGGAACCAGCUCAGACUAGUUACGCCGAGGAACCAGCUCAGACCAGUUAUAUUGAGGAACCAGCUCAGGCCAGUUACGCCGAGGAACCAGCUCAGACCAGUUACGCCGAGGAACCAGCUCAGACCAGUUACGCCGAGGAACCAGCUCAGACCAGUUACGCCGAGGAACCAGCUCAGACCAGUUACAUUGAGGAACCAGCUCAGAUCAGUUACAUUGAGGAACCAGCUCAGACCAGUUACAUUGAGGAACUAGUUCAGACCAGUUAUACCGAGGAACCAGCUCAGACCAGUUAUGCCGAGGAACCAGCUCAGACCAGAUACGCCGAGGAACCGGCUCAGACCAGAUACGCUGAGGAACCGGCUCAGGCCAGUUAUGCCGAGGAACCGGCUCAGGCCAGAUAUGCUGAGGAGCCGGCUCAGGCCAGAUAUGCUGAGGAACCACCAGCUGAGACUAGUUAUGCUGAACUAGUAGCUCAGAUCAGUUAUGCUGAACUAGCGGCUCCAACUAGUUAUGCUGAACUAGCAGCUGAGACCAGUUACUUUGAGCCACCAGCUCAGGCUAGUUAUACAGAACCAGCUGAGACCAGUUACGCUGACCCAGCCGCUCAGGUCAGCUUUGAGGAACCACCAGCUGAGGCUACUUAUGCUGAUCUAUCAGCUGAGAUCAGUUAUGCUGAACUAGCAACUGAGACUAGUUAUGCUGAGCUAGCAGCUCAGAUAAGCUAUGAUGAACCACCAACUGAGACUAGUUAUGCUGAGCUAGGAGCUCAGAUCAGUUAUUCUGAGCCAGCAGAUCAGACUAGUUAUGCUGAGCUUACAGCUCAGACCAGUUACUCUGAACCACCAGCUCAGACCAGCUAUGCUGAGCUAACAAGUGAGGCCAGUUACUGCGAGCCGCCAGUUCUCAAUGAAUGUAAGGAGUGUGGGGAAUGCUUUGCCACCGUUGAAGAGCUUGCCAGACAUCAGAAGAUCUAUGCCCGAGAGAAUUUCCAUGACGGGAAGCUGUUUGGAGAGCCUGUGAUGCCGGACCUGGGCCUGGACGGGCCCGAGGGUGAAGAGGAAGAGACGGAGGAGCAGGACGAGCAGGAGGAGCAGGAGGAGCAGGACGAGCCCGAGGAGCCCGAAGACUCCAUCUACGGCUGUAAGGACUGUGGGCUGGGCUUCGCGGACCGCGCGGACCUCCGCGACCACCAGAAGGUCCACCGCCGGGAGCCCCUGGUGGAGAGCCGUGAGUACACGCGCCCCGCGGUGCACGCGCCUCCUGUCAGCGAGUACCAGAAAGAUUGCCUCGGGGAGCAGCUCUACGAGUGCCCGGCCUGCGGGGAGUCGUUCGUGCACAGCUCCUUCCUCUUCGAGCACCAGAAGGUCCACGAGCAGGACCAGUUCUACGGCCACAGGCGGUACGAGCCCUUCAUGCAGCCGCUGAUCGCCGCCCCGCGGCGGCCCCAGGCCCCGCCGAAGAGCGUCCCCUUCGGGGCGGCCCUGCAGUGCCAGGUGUGCGGGCAGGACUUCAUCCACGCCUCCGUCCUCAGCGAGCACGUGCGGGGCCACGCCGGCGAGGGGCUGCCGGAUCAGGGCCAGGGGGGCGCGGGCGCGGCGGGGCCCGGCCCGGCGCCCACGGAGCCACAGCAGGGCCCGGGCGAGGAGCCGCGCUACGAGUGUGAGACCUGCGGCGAGUCCUUCCCCAGCCAGGCCGACCUCCAGGAGCACAUGCGGGUGCACGAGAAGAGCGAGCCCUACGCCUACGGGGCCGCCUUCGUGCACACGUCCUUCCUCACGGAGCCACCCAGGAGGGACUGGCCCUUCUACGAGUGCAAGGACUGCGGCAAGUCCUUCAUCCACAGCACCAUCCUCGCCAAGCACCAGAGGCUGCACCUGCAGGAGGACGGCGCGGCCGCCGCCGCCGCCGCCGCCCAGGGCGCCGAGGCCAACGUCCUCGUCCCCCGCGAGGUCCUGCGCCUCCAGGGCUCCAACGUGGGGGCCGCCGAGCCCGAGGCGGAGGCGGCGGAGCCCGAGGUGGAGGCGGCCGAGCCCGAGGCGGAGGCGGCCGAGCCCGAGGCGGAGGCCGAGGGCCCGGAGUGGGAGGCCGCGGAGCCGAGCGGCGAGGCGGAGCAGCCCCACGCCGAGGCGGAGCAGCCCGACAUGGAUGCCGACGAGCCGGACGGCGCAGGCAUCGAGGACCCGGAGGAGCGCGCCGAAGAGCCCGAGGGUGACGCCGACGAGCCGGACGGCGCGGGCAUCGAGGACCCCGAAGAGGAGGGCGAGGAGCAGGAGAUCCAGGUGGAGGAGCCCUACUACGACUGCGGCGAGUGCGGCGAGACCUUCCCGUCAGGCGCCGCCUACGCCGAGCAUCUGACGGCGCACGCCAGCCUCAUCAUCCUGGAGCCCGCCGGCCUCUACGGCGAGGGCGCCGGCGGCCCCGAGGGCGGCCGGCCCGACGACGAGCUCUUCAAGUGCGACGUGUGCGGGCAGCUCUUCAGCGACCGCCUGUCCCUGGCCAGGCACCAGAACACCCACACCGGCUGAGGCCCGGGGGCCCCCGGGACCCGACCCUCCUCACCCACACACACCAGACCCACCGCGACAGCCCGGACUGCACCCACCCGACCUGGACUUCAGACCCUCGGCUCGGCGGGCCGGGGCCUCCACUGGGACCCGGCCCCCUUCACCCACGCACAACCGGACCCCCGAGCCGGCCUGCACUGCACCCUCCGGCCUGGAUUCACACUCUCGGCCCCCAGGUGCAGACGCCGGCGGCUCCCGUGUCCAGCACAGCAGGUACAUGCGGGACAGCAGGGCACCUACCCGCCCUCCGUGGGGCCUCCGCGGCUGCAGAGAGCACCCAUCUGUGACCGCCCGGGACCUCCGCCACCGCCUCCCGCGAUGUACCCAGAACACAGCACAGCGAACUGGACUGAGUGUGACCCUCACCGGCGGUUCACCUGCAGCCGCACCUCACCUGGUACUCUGGUUUUGCUGUUUUAUUUUUUUUGGAGGAGGAAGAGAGCAACAAAGUACAAUAUAUUUGUAAGCAUUUUAGAGCUUUAGAAAGAUUUACUGUGCGCUGUUUGAACCCUAUCCGUAUCUUUUUGACUGACUUACUGUGUGGUUCCUUAUUCUUUACAUAGCCCCCUCACGGUGUAGGCAUGAAAGGCAGCGCGCCUUGCCCGCUUUGCUGUGUGAAGGGAAGCCUCUCUGCUCCCUUUUCAGCCGCCUCGUCUACACCGACACUUUUGAAACCUCGUGCUGUGUAAGCCUUUAUCAUGUGGAUUGGCCUUUUGUAACCUCAUUGGUUGGUUGCCACCUUGUAACCUUGCAGUGGUUCUCAUGCAAAAAACACUACAAGUUUUUGUUAUUUUUAUUUUUUUAACCCACCUUGAUGUCUCUUCGAUAGUGAAUUUUACAAAAGCCGAAGCUUUUCCCUGUGAGUCUUACAUCCUUGCCUUUAAAGAGUGGGUUGUAACCAUCACUAGAUCACGUGUGCCUAAUGAAGGUUGAGAACCACCGGGGGGAGGGGGGCUCUCCUGUUGUAAAUACGGAUGAGGGGCUACUUCUUCAUUACUUCCCUUUGCGCGCUUCCUGCCUUAAGUGACAAGUAGCAACGUGGCUUGGCCCUUCCGUGCCGCCACAUGGCAAGUUUGCACCCUGGGCGCCCAGGAGCUAGUAUCCUUAGAGCUUUCCAGCCUGAGACUUAAUCCUUCUCUCCACCUGUCUGACCCUCAGCCAACCCCGUAUCUAACUUGCAUUUAAAAAAAAAAAAAUCUUUCUUUACAGCCAACUCAAGCUCAACAUGGACUCAGGUUCCCCGGCAGCCUUAAUUUGUUUCGUUGCCAUCUGUCCCCCCCUCUCAGGAAGCGCCCUCCUGACAAGCACCCCCGCUGUCCUCAGAGCGGCCCCGGUUUCCCGUGUCCUCGUCCCAAGCUGACCUCACCGCUCUGGGGUCUCUUGCGUCCUGUUCUGUGCCCUCCCUCUGCUUCCCCGCCCCCUCUUUGCAUAAUGACUAUUAAGAAAUUUCUUGGCUUUGAGUUGGCUGGCAAAAAAAUUUAAAAAAUUUUUUUAAAAACUUUAAAAAAAAAAGAGGAUCUUGUAGAUGCAGUGAGCAGAAGCUAAGAGCAGACCAUCUGGGAGAGCAGAGCGAGGAGGCCUGCUCUGGAGUUGCGUCCGGACCCCCCUCUCCUAGGUCCCUGCCACGAGGGCUGGGGAGAGCGUGUCAGAGCUGGAGGGAACGCCAAAGUUGGGGAGAGCCAAAGCAGGGGGUCCUGAUGCCUCACACAGACCUGGGAGGGUGGUGUCAGAUGGAAGGAACAUCGGAAGCAGGGACUGGAAGGCCCGAUGGGGGGUGAAUGAAUGAGCAGGGUGUCCUGGCAGUUAGGAGAAGGGCCACUUGGUGGCCUGAGGGCAGCUGCAUCACGAGACACAGCACUGGAAUGGACGCCCCAGCGCCCCGAGGGGCCGCGAGGCCAACAUCGGGGGGGCCCGGGCUGAGAGCCAGCCCGGGCGGCGUGGGGGUGAACCUGGCGCUCAUCGCUGUCGGCGGCACCAACUGGCAGAGUGUUUUCAGAGAGCCGCCUGCCGGUGUCCGUUCCAGCCGUCCUUCGGUCAGUGAGAGAACAGGAACAACUGACAAAUGCCAAAAAUAGGAGCAAGGUGAAGGGCAUGUGUCCGCGGAGUCUGAAUGCAGCUGUCUAGAAAUGAUAAUCAUGGAGAGUUAUGUAGUGACGUGGAGAUAUAUUUACGGAAUACCAAGUGGAAAAAGCAGGACACAGAAUUAUAUUUAUACUACAAUUAUAGCUGUUUAAAAAUGUAUGCUUAUAGUCAAAAGCUGUGGUGGUGGUGCUGUUGUAGGCUUAUAGUUGAGCAUUAUUUUCUUAAAUUCCUUGAUUGUUCUUUAUGAUAGUGUUAAUCAAAAGUUUAUAAUCACGUUUCCAUUGUGAACAUAAUUUGAGAUCAUUAUUCAGGCACUUGGAGAAUACAGAAAAGUGGAGGGAAAAAAAAAAAAUCCAUAUACCCACCAUCCAAAGAUGACAGAUCUACGCCUCACUAUAUUGUUUAUCCUUGUUUCUGUGCACAGGCUUAAAACUGUGUCCCAAACGUGUACUCAGAUUAAGUGUUACCUUUGUGGAAUUACGGUUACACGCUUUCAUCUUAAUGUUUUCAGAUGGCCCUUAAAAUAGUUUCCUGAUAACAAAGUUUAUUAUGCUUGCUUCAAUUAGCAAGCAUAAUACACACCCAGAGGAAUAAUUGAAAAAUGCAAAAUAAAUUAGAAAAGAACAAAAAAGUCGCCCAUAUUCCCAACACCCAACAACUACUGUUAACAUCUUGAUCUGUUUCCUCCAUCUCGUAUCAGUGCACAAGCUUGUGAUUUAUGACCGUGGUGAUUAUGUGUGCAUAAAGUCUACAAUGAAGAAAAAAUUACAGAAAAUAAUUAAAGUAGUGUUGUCAUUGUGGGAUUAUGGUUAACUAUCUUGUCUCAAAUUUCUUGAAUGAUCUUUGGUGUUUUGAGUAUUAAAUCUUAUGUAUGUUUUUCCAUUAAAACUCUUAAUACAUACUCAUGGCAUAUUUUGGGGGAGAUUUAGUAAAGCAAAAGAAAUUCACGUAUAUUCCCGACACCCAACAAUCAUUGCUGUUAAACCUUGAUCUGUGCACAGUCUGAGGACGGGGGUGUCUGAGGUGAGAAUGCAGAGGGCGGAAGAGGAGAGGAAACACGGGAAGCAGUGAGGAAACGGUUGUGUGGUCUUUGCGGCGUGAGGCUGUGGGGCUCGCUUUCCUGGAAGGCUUGUUUCCUUGUCCCGGUCACCGACCUUUCAUCACGGGCACCUCCGUGGUAACCGCAUUGUCUGCCUGUGGUAGAAAGCUGGCAGUUACAGAAGUGUGGAAGAGAGGCGUGCCCCUGUCGCCAUCACCCAAAGACGACGGUUAACAUCUUGACGUGUUUUCUUCAUCUUGUUUCUGUGCACAGGUUUUUGGUUUGUUAGUAUGGUUGUGGCCGUUCUAUCUGUAAUCGUGUCACCAAUAAAAAUAAAGUUAAAAGUAA